AGAAAUUUCCGGUUGUCCUCGAAUGCACCACUCAGCAACUUCCGGUCUUAGGUCUGUUUCGUCAAAUCCAUCAUGGCGGCGGUCCACACCAUGGACGGAGUGGAGGGAGGCAGCAUCGAAGCAGGUCCUGUUCUGUCGGAAUCCUCCACCGGAGACCCGAAGAGACCUCAGUUCGGGACGCGCCUCCUCACAGACCCGCGGCAGGUUUUCCAGCACAACGCAUGGGACAAUGUGGAGUGGACCGGCGAACAAGAGGAAGCUGCCAAGAAGAAGGUCCUGGAAAACAGUCAGCCUCUCCCCUCAGAGAAACAAGAGGAAUACGACAACCGGGCCAACGAAUAUUGGAAUGAGUUUUACACCAUCCAUGAGAAUCGCUUUUUCAAAGACCGCCACUGGCUCUUCACGGAGUUCCCAGAGCUGGCUCCGCAGUGCGGCCUGAACCACGAAUCCCAGUCGGACCUAACAGGCCCAUAUCCCCGGCAGCACAUGGAUGCAGACGGGAGGCAGUGCGGGGAUUUGGCGGCUCUGUCUCUGGACGGCUGUGGCUUUCCUGGCUCUGCUGCCGCGUACCGCAUCCUGGAGGCUAGUUUCCCACCUUUUCACCGCGCACACUCAAAGAUCAAACAAAAUAUCCGAAUCAUUAACUGUGGAUGUCUUGGAUUGGGCGCAGCUUUGCCUUUCAGCGACCCCGGCCUCUUCGUUUACUGCUGCGAUUUCUCCAGCACGGCGGUGGAGUUGGUUAAGACUAAUCCGGAGUACGACCCCGAGCGCUGCUUUGCCUUCGUUCACGACCUGAGCGAUGGAGAGGUCCAAUACCCCGUCCCCGAUGGAACCCUGGACGUCAUAGUGCUAAUAUUUGUGCUGUCCGCACUGCAUCCCGACAAGAUGCAGUCGUCCAUCACUAGAUUGGCACGUCUGCUGAGGCCUGGUGGGACAAUGCUUCUCAGGGACUAUGGGCGUUACGAUAUGGCACAGCUCCGCUUCAAAAAAGGGAGAUGUCUUUCAGAAAACUUUUAUGUCCGAGGGGACGGAACACGAGUAUAUUUCUUCACUCAGGAGGAGCUCCAUGAGCUGUUCACCGGGGCUGGGCUGGAGAAGGUUCAGAACCUCGUGGACAGACGGCUGCAGGUGAACAGAGGCAAACAGCUCACCAUGUACAGGGUGUGGAUCCAGUGCAAGUACCGCAGGGCCUCCUGAGGCCCGGGGCGGGGCCCGACAGAAGAACCCACCCGGCCUGACGCUCAGCUUCAACCGAAACUUUGAGCUGACCUGAAAAUGGUGCUGGCUUUUUCCAGAGCGCGUAUGGACCCGACAAGCCUUAUGGCUGUCCUAAAGGAAGACAACAGGCUAAUCUAAGGCUUUCCUCUAUCUCAGCUGCCAUAAUGUGGGAGGAAUUGUUUGAUACUUGGAUGGUGCUGCGGCGUUGCCUACAGUAGUGAUGACUAUCCACCGACGUGUUCAGUGGUCCGAAAAAGGGCUGGUUACUCCAUGAAAAGGUUUCUAUUCUACAAUGCAUAGUUUUUAAGUUGCAUAUGUUUUGAAAUAAAUUGUAAGACUUUUAA